GAUGGAGGUGACCUGCCUUCUACUUCUGGUGCUGCUCCCCUUCCACUGCCGGGGACAAGGAGUCUACGCUCCAGCCCAGGCUCAGAUCGUACAUGCAGGCCAGGCGUGCGUUGUGAAGGAGGACAACAUCAGCGAACGCGUCUACACCAUCCGGGAGGGGGACAUCCUCGUGCUGCAGUGCCUUGUCACCGGGCACCCUCGGCCCCAGGUGCGGUGGACCAAGACAGCAGGCAGCGCUUCUGACAAGUUCCAGGAGACUUCGGUGUUCAACGAGACGCUGCGCAUCGAGCGCAUCGCGCGCACGCAGGGCGGCCGCUACUACUGCAAGGCCGAGAACGGCGUGGGCGUGCCCGCCAUCAAGUCCAUCCGCGUGGACGUGCAGUACCUGGAUGAGCCGGUGCUGACGGUGCACCAGACGGUGAGCGAUGUCCGAGGCAACUUCUACCAGGAGAAGACGGUGUUCCUGCGCUGUACUGUCAACUCCAACCCGCCAGCCCGCUUCAUCUGGAAGAGGGGCUCUGACACCCUGUCCCACAGCCAGGACAAUGGGGUGGACAUCUAUGAACCCCUCUACACCCAGGGGGAGACCAAGGUCCUGAAGCUGAAGAACCUGCGGCCCCAGGACUAUGCCAGCUACACCUGCCAGGUGUCUGUACGCAAUGUGUGUGGCAUCCCAGACAAGGCUAUCACCUUCCGGCUCACCAACACCACGGCACCACCAGCCCUGAAGCUGUCUGUGAACGAAACUCUGGUGGUGAACCCUGGGGAGAAUGUGACGGUGCAGUGUCUGCUGACAGGCGGUGAUCCCCUACCCCAGCUGCAGUGGUCCCAUGGGCCAGGCCCACUGCCCCUGGGUGCUCUGGCCCAGGGUGGCACCCUCAGCAUCCCUUCAGUGCAGGCCUGCGACUCUGGCUACUACAACUGCACAGCCACCAACAAUGUGGGCAACCCUGCCAAGAAGACCGUCAACCUGCUGGUGCGAUCCAUGAAGAACGCCACGUUCCAGAUCACCCCAGAUGUGAUCAAAGAGAGUGAGAACAUACAGCUGGGCCAGGACCUGAAGCUGUCGUGCCAUGUGGAUGCAGUGCCCCAGGAGAAGGUGACCUACCAGUGGUUCAAGAAUGGCAAGCCAGCACGCAUGUCCAAGAGGCUGCUGGUGACCAGAAACGACCCUGAGUUGCCCGCCGUCACGAGCAGCCUAGAGCUCAUUGACCUGCAUUUCAGCGACUAUGGCACCUACCUGUGCGUGGCGUCCUUCCCAGGGGCACCAGUGCCCGACCUGAGCGUCGAGGUCAACAUCUCCUCUGAGACAGUGCCGCCCACCAUCAGCGUGCCCAAGGGCAGGGCCGUGGUGACCGUGCGCGAGGGCUCGCCCGCCGAGCUGCAGUGCGAGGUGCGCGGCAAGCCGCGGCCGCCGGUGCUCUGGUCCCGCGUGGACAAGGAGGCUGCGCUGCUGCCCUCGGGGCUGCCCCUGGAGGAGACCCCAGACGGCAAGCUGCGGCUGGAGCGUGUGAGCCGCGACAUGAGUGGGACCUACCGCUGCCAGACGGCUCGCUAUAAUGGCUUUAACGUGCGUCCCCGCGAGGCCCAGGUGCAGCUGAACGUGCAGUUCCCGCCGGAGGUGGAGCCCAGCUCCCAGGAUGUGCGCCAGGCGCUGGGUCGGCCCGUGCUCCUGCGCUGCUCGCUGCUCCGAGGCAGCCCCCAGCGCAUCGCCUCUGCCGUGUGGCGCUUCAAAGGGCAGCUGCUGCCUCCGCCGCCCGCCGUCUCCGUCCCCGCCGAGGCCCCUGACCACUCCGAGCUGCGCCUCGACGCCGUCACCCGCGACAGCAGUGGCAGCUACGAGUGCAGCGUCUCCAACGACGUGGGCUCGGCGGCCUGCCUCUUCCAGGUCUCGGCCAAAGCCUACAGCCCGGAGUUUUACUUCGACACCCCCAACCCCACCCGCAGCCACAAGCUGUCCAAGAACUACUCCUACGUGCUGCAGUGGACCCAGAGGGAGCCUGAUGCCGUCGACCCUGUGCUCAACUACAGACUCAGUGUCCGCCAGUUGAAUCAGCACAACGCCGUGGUGAAGGCCAUCCCAGUGCGGCGCGUGGAGAAGGGACAGCUGCUGGAGUACAUCCUGACGGACCUCCGCGUGCCCCACAGCUACGAGGUCCGCCUCAUGCCCUACACCACCUUCGGGGCUGGUGACGUGGCCUCCCGCAUCAUCCACUACACGGAGCCCAUCAACUCUCCCAACUUGUCAGACAACACCUGCCACUUUGAGGAUGAGAAGAUCUGUGGCUACACCCAGGACCUGACAGACAACUUUGACUGGACACGGCAGAAUGCCCUUACCCAGAACCCCAAACGUUCUCCCAACACCGGUCCCCCCACUGACAUCACUGGCACCCCAGAGGGCUACUACAUGUUCAUUGAGACGUCAAGGCCCCGGGAGCUGGGGGACCGUGCGCGGCUGGUGAGUCCCCUCUACAACGCCAGCGCCAAGUUCUACUGCGUCUCCUUCUUCUACCACAUGUAUGGGAAGCACAUCGGCUCCCUCAACCUCCUGGUGCGGUCCCGGAACAAAGGGGCCCUGGACACGCACGCCUGGUCCCUCAGUGGCAAUAAGGGCAAUGUGUGGCAGCAGGCCCAUGUGCCCAUCAACCCCGGCGGGCCCUUCCAGAUUAUUUUUGAGGGGGUUCGAGGCUCAGGCUACCUGGGGGAUAUCGCCAUAGAUGACGUCACACUGAAGAAGGGAGAGUGUCCCCGGAAGCAGAUGGAUCCCAAUAAAGUGGUGGUGAUGCCGGGCAGUGGAGCCCCCCGCCGGCCCUGCCCGCAGCUCUGGGGGCCCAUGGCCAUCUUCAUCUUGGCGUUGCAGAGAUGAUGAGAGCUGCAUAGCCCCCCCACCCCGCCCCUGGCACACCAAAGUGUCCACAUCGUACCAAAGACUGACCCCCGCCAGCCGGGGUGCCCAGGGGCAGGGCUGGCCCGCCAGGGAGGGGCCCUGCGUUGGCUGCGAGGAUGAGCAGAGAACAAGGACAGAGGCCCGGCGCUGAGGCUCUGGAGACGGUUGUUCGACACAUGCACACACACACCCCCACACUCACACACACAGAGAUAUAUUAAAGCACAAGUUUCUAUCCGACCUGCCAGCACCUUCUUUACUGCGGAGACAGGGGACUCGUCUGAAUGGCAUCCGCUACCCCAGGGACCUCGGCACCAUGUAGGCCUUGUCCUGGCUGCACCUGUGGUGUGUUUCUGCCCUUCCCCGUCCCUAACUCAAGGCUCAGCUCCAGCCAGUGGCUUUACUUGAAGAAGCCAGAAGGGGAGCAGCCGUGGGAGCCCCACCCUUGGCCGGACUCUGGGACUCCCUGGGAUAGGGGAGGCCAGAGUCAGAGGGGGCCAGAUGGAUCUUUGUGAGCUCUGUGAAUGUCCCCGUGCAGGGGACGACGAGGGAGGUGAGGCACCUGCUGCAUGCAACUCUGCUCCCAAGGCGAGGGCUGGAAGGUGAGACCCCAGGUCACCCUGACCUCUUCCUGGGAUGUCAUAUUCCCCCCUCACUGUGCCCCUUCCAAGGGACCCAGCACAAGGUCUUGGGCCUGGGCAGUCUGAAGACUGCCACCUCCCCCCACCCCAUCCCACCCCACUCCACCUCGCAAGCAGCUGGAUUUCUGAGAGCACAGUCCCUGCCCUAGUCGGCUGGCCUCACCUCAGCCCUGGCUGCAUCUCCGAGGAGCAGGGGAGUAGUGGCAAGGCGAUGUUCUGGAGUGAGGCUUGACUUUGAGAGGGGCAGAGGAGAAGGCCUGCUUUCUGGAUUUCACACCUGCAUAUCGGACACUGAAUUUGGCAGCAGAGAGGAGCCUCCAUUUCUUAUAUACUUGGCAGGAGGGGAUGCCCUGGGUAGGAGGGGGUGUGUAGGGGGUGCCCUCCCCCCUCCACUGCACUCUCUAGUUGUCUGUUCCCUUCCCGCCCAGGGUCAGUGAAGGAGGAGGGGUUUGUAGAGCUGCGGGUGGGGGUGGGGCAGUUGCUGGUGCCCAUGUGCCCUGGGAGCUGAGCCUCAUGCCCGGAGCUGUGAAAGGGCUCCCUGUCCUUGGGUCCUGGGCUGGAGCCUGAGAGGGGCGUGAUGGGGUCUAGACCUCUCCUCCUCAACAUCACCUCUGAGCCCAGCACCCAGCGGUCCAUGGGAGAGAGAAGGCCCAGCCCCUCCCAGGAUGAGUCUUCACGCAUGUGUGCAUGUGGCCGUGUGUCUGUGUGUGUGCAUGCACAUGUGUGCAUGUGUGUGGGCUCGACUGUGUGUGUGUAGCACUAUGGGUACAUCUCUGGGCAGGAGUGUGUGCAAAUAUGAGUUUGUGUGUGCAAUGAUCCAUACCUAUCUGUGAGGCUGCUCUACACUUCCUCUCUGUGAGUACCUGUGUAUGUCAGCAUGCGUGUCCGUCUUCAUGAGUGACGUGAAUGUGGGGUGCUGGCCAAAUGUACCACUUCUAGCCCUAUCCUGUAGUUCCAGGCUGCCUGCCACCGCCUGGAUUUCCACCUUUUGUCCCCUGUGGAUGACAAGGAGCUCACAGAUGACCCUAUUGAAAUGCAAGCGCCUUUGGUGGGGGGUGUCACAGGGGUCCUCCUGGAGCAUUUGGUGGGACAGCUGCAGAGAAUAGGCAGCACUGCGAUGCCAGGAGGCAGGCAGGGAACCAAAGCAAACGCCACCCAUCUCAGCGCUCUGCCAGGCCUGCGUGAUCAUCACCACCAACAGCUGGUGGGUGGCCGGGCCAGGGCUGGAGCCGGGCCUCUGACACCCAACCAGCCUGGCUGCCUUCCUGGCCCAGCCAAGGCCUCUGUCCCAAAUGAGUGGCUCCAGGUUCCCAGAGUAUGCGUCCAUCACGUCUGCCAGGCAUUCUUCCUUAAUUGUCCCAUCUGUGCAGGGUCUGUUGCCCCAACUAGACUGUGAGCUCCUCCUCUGAGCCUUCCAACCCUCUCUCCUCCCCCUCCCCCGCCCCCACGCCCAGCACAGGUGGGCCUGUUAUGGAAAUGGCUCGGCGGGCUUUGCCCAGUGGAAUGGAUUAUAUAAUUAAGUGGUUCCCAGCCCUGGCUGCAGAGUAGGACCACAGAGGUUCCCUUAGAAAGCACUGAUGCUUGGGUACCACCCCAGAGCUCCUGAUUUAAUUGGACUAGAGUGCAGCCUGGCACGAGAAAUGUUUAAAAGCGCCUCAGGAGAACCUGAGAGUGGGAACCACUGGCCUAUCGCCUGCUGGAUGCUUCCUCUGUCCCCUCGCUGGAGUGGGUGCCUGAGAUCCAGAGAUGAGUAGCCCGGAGUGCUUCCUCCUUGGGGCUCCAUGGCACCCUAUGCCUACUGCCCUCAGAUGACCUUUGAAUACGUCUGUCCCCCGCCCUGGCUGCUCCGUGAUGGGGACCCCGUCUCUCCUGUUCACCUCCAUAUCUGCAGAGCCAGACAGAAAGGCGCUCAGCAUAUGUCCGCUGAGCUGAGCUGAACCGCGCACACGCAGCCCCUGAGCUCCUGGUCUGUUUGGAGAGAGGCGACAUGGUCACAUGGACAAAGAGUGACAGGGAGCACUGCCAGGGAGAGGUCACAGUGGGCCAGGGGCAGCCCCAGUUUGAAGGAGGCUUGAGCUGGGCUAACACGGUGUGCCUGAGUGAGAUGCUGAGAUCCUUGAUCCUCGUGUGCAGAUGGGUGAGGUUGAUGCGCGUGCCUGUGUGUGCUGGCAGGUCUGCAGGGGAUGUGGGUGUCAGUGUGUGCUAACACUAGCAGUGUGUGGUGUGAGCGCCUAGGGCUGUGCCAGUCUGUGUGUUUGUGUGUGUGUCAGGGAGUCUGUGAGGAAUGAGUGUCUUUGUGUGUCCCUGGGUGAUUUGUGUGACAGUGUUUGUGUGUGCCUGUGAGUCAGCACCUCUGUGUCAGUGUCACCUGUGCCGUGUGUGUCUUUCUGUGCCAGUGGGUGUCAGCGUCUGUGUGUUGGUAGGUGGACCACGAAGACCCCCAGCCCUGGGGAGACCAGGCUGGCUGGAUCCAGUGCAUCUCCCCAGUGGCAGUCUUGCCCUCUGGGUCAGGGUGGCUGAGGCAUUUUGUGGCCUUAAAAUGGGGAGUCUAGCCCUCAGGGUGUUGGGGUCCCUCCACCCCUGUCCCCUCCAGGUUGGUGUCUAGGGGAGAAAGGGACUCUGAGGGCCAGUGCUGUACAGGUAGGAGAGGGGGAAUCUCAGCCUGGCUGUCGUUCCCCUGAGACCACAGCCAGUCACCUGGGGGGCGGAGCUAAGUCUGCAGAGCAAGCCCCUCCUCCCAGGAUGCUCCUCCAUCUUCACCCUCUCUGGGGUGGCCCUGACACCUCUGUCCCGUUCGUUCUCCUUUCUCCCUGUGCUCCGUGAACACCCCUGGCUCGGCUGUCAGUCCUGGGAAGGGCCUCAGAGGUCUGAACCCGUCACAGCAUAAAUGAGGAAGGUGAAGC